AUCUAUAAUUUCCAUAGCACAAUAAUCGACCAAACCUUCAUACAGCUCCCUCAACACCUUAAAAAACAAAGCCUAAGGCUUCUCUCUCUCUCUCUCUCUCCUCCCUCUGUUUCUUCUACUUGAUCUUCCCCUUCAUGGCUGCCGCUACCUCCACGACCUGUACAGGCUUUUUCAACUUCCGUUCAAAUCCCGACGAGGGCAGGAUCCGAUCUUCAUCGACCCACAGCUCACCUGGGUUCGGAAAGCUUGAUGGGGUGGCUAUGUGGUUCAUAAAUGGUGUAGCAAGUGCUUUUUUUGCAUCCUUAGAGAGAUGUUCUUGCAUCCGUAUCGCCACCGAAGACGACGGCGAUGAAGCUAACGACGCACCCUUGAUUAUGAACGAUGGAAACUUGAGGCAUGAUGGUGGAAACAGUAGCACCAGGAGAAGGAAUGGGAAGGGCAAGAAACAGAGCACCGGAGGAUUUGAUGAGUAGUACUUAAUUUACUUGGGUAAGUCAAAUUUGCUGAAAAAAGAAAGAGAAAAUGUGAGCUUUUGUAAGUUAAUUAUGGGGUUUUGGGAUGUGUGAGUUUUGAUCCUUAAGCUUUGAAAGAGGUUGCAAAAUGGUAAUUAAACAAACAGGGAGUUAAAUGUUUGAUGGGUUUGAAUCUCCACUAUGCAUAUGAUCAAAGAAUAAUUUAAUAAAUGAUUUAUGCAUUAAUAAUUUUGUUUAUAUAUAAA